AUGGGCGCACAGUCUCUCACACUCCUUGGCUCUGUGAGGCAUUCCCUCUGGGAAUCGCUCGUCCAGUAUAUGCGGGGGUUCAUGUUGCGCUCCCUCAAGAACGGACUCCAGCACGGCCAUUUGGUCAUCACGGAGGGGGAAAAUAAACACUCCUUUGGCGUUGUCGGCGACCGGCCCAUCUCCCUCUCCGCCGAUAUUGCGGUAGAGAAUGAGGCAUUCUGGGUCCGAGUAUACCUCUCCCAUGAUCUAGGCUUUUCUGAGGCCUACAUGCAUGGUGAUUUUACGACAUCAAAUUUGAAAGCCAUUCUCGACCUGUGGCUGGCUAACCGAGAUACCCUGACGAGCCUGAUGUCCAUGUACAGUCGCGUAAGCUGGAUGAUCUCGUCUAUCGCUGUCAAGAAUUUUGGGCAGACACUCGUCAAGUCCAUCCCGAAUGUUGUAACCGGCUACGACUGCAGCAACACAUUUUUCCAGGCCAUCUUAAGCAAGGAGAUGAUGUACUCGUGCGCGCUUUGGACGGAUGAGACCGGCGGAGUCCGGGGUGAUCUGGACGGCACUGUGAAGAAGUUUGAUCUCGAGAACGCGCAACUGCACAAGAUUCAUUAUCUCCUGAAGAAGGCCCGCGUACGGCCCGGCGACAGGCUGCUCGAAUUCGGGUCCGGCUGGGGCGCGAUGGCUAUCGAGGCGGCGAAGAUGGGAUGCACGGUAGACACUCUCACACUCUCCAUUCAACAGAAGAUUCUCGCGGAGCAGCGCGUCGCCGAGGCCGGGCUAUCCGACAAAGUUCGCGUGCAUUUCAUGGAUUACCGUAAUCUUCCCCCAGAAUUCGAGAAAGCCUUCGAUGCGUUCAUCUCCGUCGAAAUGCUCGAGGCCGUCGGGGUUGCGUACAUGCACCAGUACUUCAAGAUCCUGGACUGGGCACUCAAGUCCGACCGCGCUACCGCGGUCAUGACUGCUACUUCGCAACCCGAGUCACGCUGGACAAUGUACCAGGCGACCGACUACGCUCGCAAGUACCAAUGGCCGAACACCAUCCUGCCAUCCGCAACGUACCUCGCCAACGCGUGCCAGGAAGCGGUGCCGCGGAGGUUUGUCCUGGAGGGCAUCGAAGACAACGGCGUUCACUACCCGCGCACACUGAGAGAGUGGGGCAGGCGCCUGCAGGAGAAUUGGACGCCUGAGAUGAUCACGGAGAUGCUCAAGGACCGCCCUGAGCUCUCCAACGAGCGUGACCUCGCGAUCUAUAAGCGCAAGUGGGAGUACAUGUGCGUGUAUGCUGAAGUCGGCUACGCCCGCGCGUACACCUCCAUGCACUACUGGACGUUCGCGCGCCCGGACAAUCCAAUGCUGGUGUGCGACUAA